AUCGAGCGCCGCUGCCCCCCGCCGCUACCCCUGUCGUCGAUGUGGAUCGAGCUUCCACAACCAUGUUCUCUUCUCCGCCCCACGACGACGACCAACGGCGGGGCCCAAACGACGACUACAUCCCCUCCAUGUGCUCCUUCCCCUGCUCCUCCCGCAUUGCCAUGAACGGGGCGGCGCCUACAGGCUGCUGCUGCUCCCUCGUCGGGGUCAAUAAGGAAGAAAGAGUCAGUCAGGAGAGAAGGUUCGACACAUAGAGAGGAUCCCUCGGGGCAACUCCACCGCCGGUGAGCCGUCGGGGUCGUUGGGGAAAAUGCGGCCAAGAAAGAGGAUUCGACACGAGUAAUUGAUGAGGCAGGCGAUUCGGGACGGAGGCAACAACUGCUGCGUUGGCGGCGCCGGUGCCAUGGCUCGCGCCCACGCUACCGGCGGCAGCCUGUAUGCCGAAGAGAACCAGCCGGGCGAGCCCCACGCCGCCGAGCAGGUGGUGCCCUGCCAUGAGGGGAAGCAGCUGGUUCGCGCCGAUGCGGAGCUCAGCGGGCAGAAAAGAAGUGGUUUUCUGCAAUUUACUCCGUCCUCUGAAAACGCGAGUUGAGCCACUUUUUUUUUCAGCACAUGACCCACCACUUCUAUCCGUCCUCUGAAACGCAUCUUCUCCUUCCUUCCUUCCCUAUAAAUACACGAGUGCCACUUCCUCAGGAAAACCACAGUGAUACUUCCGUUUGGCAACCUAACACACAACAGAUACUCUUUUAGCCAGGAGACACAAAUCUCACGCCCUCUCGAGGCACUGCAAGCCCGGCGACGAUGAUCGGCGAGAUGGACGCGGACAUGGUCGUAGGAUACUUCGGCGGCAAGAGCAUGCUCAUCACCGGUUCAACUGGGUUCUUAGGAAAAGUUCUCGUGGAGAAGAUUCUGAGGGUGCAGCCUGAUGUCAAGAAGCUCUUCCUCUUGGUUCGUGCUCCCGACAUCGAAUCCGCAAAGCUUCGGAUUCAGACUGAGGUCACAGGGAGGGAGAUCUUUCUAGUUCUGAAAGAAAAACAUGGUAUGGGGUUCGACGAUUUUAUCGAAGAAAAGAUCUGCCCUUUGGCAGGAGACAUCAUGUAUGAGAACUUUGGACUAGACACUGCCAACCUGAGAGAAUUGUCCAAGGACAUAGACAUCAUCGUCAACAUAGCUGCCACUACAAACUUCUCUGAAAGAUACGACGUGGCUUUCGAUGCUAAUGUCUUGGGAGCGAAGCACGUCUGCGCGUUCGCAAGGAAGUGUACGAAACUCAAGAUGCUGCUUCAUGUUUCAACUGCCUAUGUAGCUGGUGAACUAGAGGGGCUAAUACUAGAGAAGCCGUUCUUGAUGGGUGAGACACUAAAGGAGGGCACACAUUUGGACAUCGAAUCCGAGCUAAAUCUG